AUGGCGGACAACGCGCCACCAUCCUCUUCUUCCACUCUUCCACCGCCUCCUCAGGCAGCUGCAGGCGCUCCGGGUCAGCAAUAUGAUGGAUCUCAGGGGAAUAGUCAAGGGAACCCUUCCCAUAUGCCUCCACCACCUCUGCCCCCUGUGGUCAUUCCACAGAACACAAACCCGAUUCCGACGGCAAUUACCUCCCCGAUAUCAGGGAACAUGAUGUCUCCGACUAGCGCCGGCGGCUACGUGCGUCGGGCGGCGCCAGAGCCAAACAAGCGAGCUCUGUAUGUCGGAGGGCUGGAUCCCAGAGUCACAGAGGACAUUCUCAAGCAGAUCUUUGAGACGACAGGUCAUGUGCAGAGUGUGAAGAUUAUUCCGGACAAGAACUUCCAGAGUAAGGGCCUGAACUACGGUUUUAUCGAGUACGACGACCCUGGUGCGGCAGAGAGAGCGAUGCAGACCCUUAACGGACGCCGUGUCCAUCAGUCGGAAAUCCGUGUGAACUGGGCCUACCAGUCCAACAACACGAACAAGGAAGACACUUCUAACCACUUCCACAUCUUCGUCGGUGAUCUGAGCAACGAGGUCAACGACGAGGUCCUCCUUCAGGCCUUCUCUGCUUUUGGCUCUGUUUCUGAAGCUCGCGUGAUGUGGGACAUGAAGACUGGUCGGUCCCGUGGCUACGGUUUCGUCGCUUUCCGCGAGCGCGGAGAUGCCGAGAAAGCUUUGAGUUCCAUGGACGGGGAAUGGCUUGGUUCUCGUGCUAUUCGCUGCAACUGGGCCAACCAAAAGGGACAACCUUCCAUCUCUCAACAGCAGGCGAUGGCCGCCAUGGGCAUGACUCCUACCACUGCAUUUGGUCAUCACCACUUCCCUACUCAUGGCAUUCAGAGCUACGACAUGGUGGUUGCACAGACUCCUCAGUGGCAGACAACUUGUUAUGUCGGAAACCUCACCCCGUACACAACACAGAAUGAUCUCGUCCCAUUGUUCCAGAAUUUCGGCUACGUCGUUGAGACUCGCGUCCAGGCCGACCGUGGAUUCGCCUUUGUGAAGAUGGACACCCACGAGAAUGCUGCCAUGGCGAUCUGCCAGCUUAACGGAUACAACGUCAACGGACGUCCAUUGAAGUGCAGCUGGGGCAAGGAUCGUCCUCCCACCGGCCAGUUCGAUGGUUUCUCACCGCAGCAGGCUGGUGCUGCUGCUGCUGGCUUUGGCGGUGCCGCGUCUCCCUACUUUCCUCAGUACGGAGGUCCUACUGGACCUAUGACCCCUACGGGUCCUAGUCCGGCUGGUCGCGGUUGGGACCAGCAGGCUACCAAUUUCGGUGGUCCUGGAAUCCCAGUCCAAGGCUACGGCCAGCUUCCAGGCAAUGCUGCAGGCUAUGGCCGUGGUCAGACGCCUCCUGGAGCAGCAUGGGCUCAGCCUGGUAACGCCGGCUUUGGAAAUGGCUUUGGAGGCUACCAGGCGUAG